CAGGUCAGUAGGAUCAGUGGAGGCACCGGGACAAAAAGACCUUCCAACUAUCCAAUUAAACUGUUCUAAGAGCCGCGAAGAGGAGGAACGGGAUAUAAUAUAUUUUGAAGCAAGGAUUUUUCCCCCUUUUAUUCUUUGUAAUAUUUCUGACAACUUUCUAUUGAAAGGAGCUUUGUUAAGAUUUCAAGAUGAUGCUGUGUGGCAUCCUUUUUCUACUGUCGCUCUGGAGUUGUGAGGGUGCCAGAUUGGCAGAGAGUCGUGAUGAUAACAGUGUGUAUGACCUAUUUGAGCUGGCCAGAGUGAGCAAAAGACAUAACGGAGUGAGUCUGGUCAAAGGCGUAGAUCCUUACAGCCCUGCGUACAAGGUCCUGAACGCAGACCUGAUCCCCCCAGUCCCCGACGCCUCCUUCAGGGACCUCCUUGACUCCAUCCAGGCUGAGCGAGGCUUCCUCCUCCUGCUCAACCUGAAGCAGUUCAAGAAAAGCCAAGGCACUCUGCUGAGCGUUGAGAAGACAGACGGAUCCGGAUCCAUCUUCGAGAUCAUUUCCAACGGGAAGGAGAACACCCUUGACCUGCUCUACUCCACAGAGAAAAAGAAGCAGGAGGUUUCCAUCGAGGACCCCGGCUUGGCCAACGGGCACUGGAGGAACCUCACGCUGUUCCUCCAGGAUGACAGGGCUCAGCUUUUUGUGGGGUGUGAAGAGAUCAAUGUGGCAGAGCUGGAUGUGCCCAUCCAGACUUUGCUGUCAAGAGAAGUGGCAGACAGAGCCAGACUGAGGAUUGGAAAAGGUGCAUCACACAGAUUUAUGGGGGUGCUUCAGAAUGUUCAUUUUGUCUUUGGAACUACUCUGGAUGCCAUACUGACCAACAAGGGGUGUAAAAGUGGAGCUGCCUUAACACAAGUCAUGACCCUGGACAACCCAGUCAACGGAUCCAGCCCUGCAAUUAGGACAGAUUACACUGGCCACAAAUCCAAAGAUCUGCAGACUGUCUGCGGUUUCUCGUGUGAUGACAUUGCCAGCAUGUUUAAGGAGCUCAGGGGGCUCAACGUGAUCGUUAAGCAGCUGUCGAACGAACUCCAAAAAGUGUCUAUAGAUAGCCAGCAAUGGAAAGCUCUGCUGCACUCUCACAAUGGAGUCUGCAUCCAUAACGGCAUUGCGCACAAUGACAAAGAUGAAUGGACGGUGGACGGCUGCACAGAGUGCACCUGUCAGAACUCUGCAACCGUGUGUCGCAAAAUCUCCUGUCCUCUCAUCCCCUGUGCUAAUGCCACUGUGCCUGAAGGAGAAUGCUGCCCUCGCUGUGGAACGCCAAGUGACUAUGCAGAGGAUGGGUGGUCAGCCUGGUCUGACUGGACCCAUUGUUCUGUGACUUGUGGCCGUGGCAUCCAGCAGCGUGGACGCUCCUGUGACCGCAUCAACAGCAAGUGUGAGGGCACCUCUGUCCAGACCCGUGAUUGCUACCCGCAGGAAUGCGACAAGCGCUUUAAACAGGAUGGAGGCUGGAGCCACUGGUCACCCUGGUCUUCGUGCUCUGUGACCUGCGGUGAAGGGGUCAUGACACAGAUCCGCCUCUGCAACUCCCCCACGCCGCAGAUGGGCGGCAGAGACUGCCAGGGAGAAGGACGUCACACCAAAGUCUGCCAAAAGUCUCCCUGCCCCAUUAAUGGAGGAUGGGGACCUUGGUCACCAUGGGAUACCUGCUCUGCAACAUGUGGUGGAGGAAUCCAAACAAGAAAACAUAUCUGCAAUGACCCUGAGCCCAAAUAUGGUGGAAAGGAUUGCGUGGGUGAUGCUACCAUGGUUCAAGUCUGCAACAAACAGGACUGCCCCAUUGAUGGUUGUCUUUCCAACCCAUGCUUUCCUGGGACAAAGUGCACCAGUUUCCCUGACGGUUCAUUUGAGUGUGGCAAGUGCCCUCUUGGCUAUACUGGUGAUGGGAUAACCUGCACGGACAUUGAUGAAUGCAAAGAGGUCCCAGAUGCUUGCCAUACUCAUAACGGCAUCCAUCGUUGUGAGAACACUGAGCCAGGGUACAACUGCCUGCCCUGCCCUGCGCGUUUCUCUGGUCCCCAACCUUUCGGAAGAGGUGUGGAACAGGCAAUUGCCAAAAAACAGGUUUGCGCUCCCCGCAACCCUUGCAAGGACGGUAGCCACAACUGCCAUAAAAAUGCAAACUGCAUAUAUUUGGGCGUCUACUCCGAGUCAAUGUUCCGCUGUGAAUGCAAGCCAGGAUAUGCUGGGAAUGGGCGGAUUUGUGGAGAGGACACUGACCUGGAUGGAUGGCCUAACACUAAUCUGCCAUGUGUGGAGAACGCUACUUAUCACUGCAAAAAGGAUAACUGCCCCAACCUUCCCAACUCUGGCCAGGAAGACCAUGACAAAGAUGGCCUUGGGGAUGAAUGUGACCAUGAUGAUGACAAUGAUGGAAUCCCCGAUGAUAGGGAUAACUGUCCAAGAGUGUACAACCCUGCCCAGUAUGAUGCAGACAGAGAUGAGGUAGGCGACCGCUGUGACAACUGCGUGUUUGAGGCUAAUACUGACCAAACAGACACGGACAACAAUGGAGAGGGUGAUGCCUGUGCUGUCGACAUUGAUGGAGACGGCAUUCUGAAUGAGAAUGACAACUGCCCAUAUGUGUACAACGUGGACCAGAGAGACACAGACAGGGAUGGUGUUGGAGAUCACUGUGAUAACUGCCCUCUCGAGCACAACCCAGACCAGAUCGACUCUGAUUCAGAUCGUAUUGGAGACAAAUGCGACAACAACCAGGACAUUGAUGAGGAUGGCCACCAGAAUAACUUGGAUAAUUGCCCUUACAUCCCCAAUGCCAACCAGGCAGACCACGACAAAGAUGGCAAAGGCGAUGCUUGCGACCAUGAUGAUGACAAUGACGGCAUUCCUGAUGAUAAAGACAAUUGUCGACUGGCCUUUAACCCCGACCAACUUGACUCUGAUGGCGAUGGCCGUGGAGAUAUUUGCAAGGAUGAUUUUGACCAAGACAAUAUCCUGGACAUCCAUGAUGUGUGCCCUGAGAACUUUGCCAUCAGUGAAACGGACUUCCGCAGAUUCCAAAUGGUUCCCUUGGAUCCCAAAGGCACCUCACAGAUCGACCCCAACUGGGUGGUGAGGCAUCAAGGCAAGGAGCUGGUGCAGACUGUCAAUUGUGACCCUGGCAUUGCAGUUGGUUUUGAUGAGUUCAGUGCCGUGGAUUUCAGUGGAACGUUCUUCAUCAACACCGACAGAGAUGAUGACUAUGCCGGGUUUGUGUUCGGCUACCAGUCCAGCUCCCGCUUCUACACAGUGAUGUGGAAACAGAUCACGCAGACGUACUGGUCCCACACGCCCACUAGAGCUCAAGGCUACUCUGGCUUGUCUAUCAAAGUCGUGAACUCCACCACAGGACCUGGCGAACACCUCAGAAAUGCUCUUUGGCACACUGGAGAUACCCCAGGACAGGUCCGCACUCUGUGGCACGACCCCAAGAACAUUGGCUGGAAGGAUUUUACCGCCUAUAGAUGGCACCUAACCCACAGACCCAAGACAGGACUUAUUAGAGUGGUCAUGUAUGAAGGCAAGAGAAUCAUGGCUGAUUCUGGAAACAUUUUUGACAAGACAUAUGCUGGUGGCCGGCUAGGCUUGUACGUCUUCUCUCAGGAGAUGGUUUACUUCUCAGAUCUCAAAUAUGAAUGUAGAGAUACAUAAUUGCACCCUGGAGACUUCUGGAAGAAUGUAUCAGCGCAGGCCUACAUCAGUUUCUGUUUCAUUUAUUUGUCCUCUGAGAAAUGCACAUUGGAGGUAUGUUGAGCAAAGGAGCAAACGGGGGGAAAGGGACCUCAGGAGUCGAAGCCAAAUAAAAACGAAAAGUUAACUCUGCACAAGACUCAAAUUACGAGUGCAGCUCUGCUAAGAAGAAAUCGGCUCUCUCUCAGUCUGUCUGCGCUGAUCUGCAUCAGAGGAGGGCCACAUUUUAUUGCUUUGCACACCUGAACUGUUAUUCCUCCAUGGAUGAGGGAGCAAAGGGAAGAGAGUAGUUGUUUUGUUUGUUUGUUUUUUACAUUUUUUAUACUAAUUUUGAGCAUUAACAUACAUCUGCUGUGGACAGAAUGAUACACUACUCAGCCUGAAGAAAGCAGUAAAAGACAUUUUUAAGGAUAGGGUAAAAGAGAAAGAAAAUGAUCCCCUGUGAAGGAACUGUUGAGGGAGUGUGGAAAGUAAGGAAUGAAUGUUAGUAUUAAUGAGAGUGAAUGUUGUUUUUGUUUUGUUUUUUGUGCAUGUGUGACACACAAAAAAAAAGAAAGGCGAUGAAGACAAUUAAAUCAGAAUUUAAUUUAAAUUUGUCUGGUGACCCUCUCCCACCAGUAGUUAAUAAUAACGCCUGGUCUGUUGCAAAGAUGUAGGGCUGGCUCAAGAAAUACUUUUCUCAGGAAAGAAAGACUGCGAGCAGGAGAGCUUGAAACACGAAUGAUCAGAAAACCUUGUCUUAACAUCUCUAUCACAAUGAAGGCCAGUCUAAUUUCUUUUGAUUUAUUUUAUGUUUUCAUCAUAGAGGUUUUAAUUCUAGCUUUUCUCUGCAUCUUGCUCUCAUUAAAUAUUAUAAGAAACCUUUUAUGGUUAACAUCCUCUAAAUAUACGUUGUUACUUCUAAUUAUGGGGAGUAAAACACAAAAGUAUCUUGGUUUCUGCACAGUGUGCAUGAUGGCGUGCCUGAGUUGGAGUGUUUUGACAAAGGGGAAAAGAGGAAACCUUUUAUGUACAAAUAUUACCUCAUCUUUUUUGUAUUAAGGCCAGCAAUACACAAGAAUCCCUUAUUUCAGUAACAGAGUUUAAAUUUCUUGGUUUAAUUUUUUAAAGCAAGACUUUGGUCUCAUUCAUAUGCUGUAUAUAAGAUAUUUUUGUAGUACAAGAAACAGGAAAGGAUAAAAGAGAUGUUUUGAAUAUGUUUUGCAAAAUGUAUUUCUUGUGCGGUUUGAUAAAUUAUUGUUUGUUUUAUGUCAUUUGUGUAGAUAUAUGCUAUUUAAAUAAUUUAUCUUUAAGUGUAAACUCCUAUGGAAGCGUUUCUAUCUGUAUAAAUGUUUUUGCACAGACAUGAGGAUGUCUUUGUUAUCUUGAUUUUUGUAUGUCUCUUUAAUUAUUAGUGAAGCUUUUCCAUAAACAUUUGUACUAUAGUUUCUAUUCAAAGUGCUGUUUAUACUCCUGAGUUUAUGUUUUCUUUGUAUUGUCAAGUGAAUAAUAAACCCUUCAGAAGAAAAUCAAA